AUGACCACCUCAGUCUCAUCUGAACGUUCCGCAACCUUCUCUCACUCAAUUGGCGUUGCAGGGGCCUAUGACAAUAUGGAGGCUUCUGCCGCUGUGAGUAAAACCCUGGAAUCUGGCCCAGCGGACUACCAUGGUAUCGACACUCGAAACGUCCAGCCUGGUGCGGAUGAGGUUUACGAUAAAAAAAUUGCCAUUCUUAACGAAGCUCUCAUUGAUUUGGGCAUGGGGCCUUAUCAGUGGAAGGUGUUCUUAACGACGGGGUUUGGCUGGUUUGUUGAUAAUCUGUGGAUGCAAGCCAUCACUAUCAUCAGCCCUGCUGUUCAAAAAGAAUUCUUGGUGAACCAAAUCGCAUUUCUCACGGUAGCAAAGUAUGCGGGUCUUGUCAUCGGGUCCAGUGUUUGGCCCAUGACUGCAGAUUUCAUCGGGAGGCGUCUUGCAUUCAACGUCACCCUCAUGAUUUCAGCGGUCGCAGGCUUAGUUGGAGCUGGAAGCCCCAGUUUCACUGCUAUUGCGAUCUUUUGCGCCUUUAUCGGGCUCGGAACGGGAGGCAAUCAGCCCGUGGACAGUGCGAUAUUCCUUGAGUUCACGCCCGCGACGCAUCAGUAUCUGCUCACCAUGCAGUCGGGCUUCUGGUCCCUUGGUCAAGCAGUAGCGGCGCUUGUGGCGUGGCCUUUAAUUGCGUCCUAUACGUGUCCCUCAUCAGAGCAGUGCACAUUUCAAAACAACCUCGGUUGGCGCUACGCGUACUGGACCUUCGGUGGAUUGACUGCUGUAAUGUUUUUGGCUCGGUUUCUUUUUCAGAUUUAUGAAACGCCCAAGUACCUCUUGGGCAAAGGAAAAGACCGGCAGGCGGCGGAAGUGGUUGCAAAGGUUGCUAGACGGAAUGGCAGUACUACAUGGUUAACGGCCAGCCACUUCGAGGCCGUUGAUGCUGAGUUGCAAACUAAUGGCUCUUCCAUGCCUAACGAGGAGACCACGCCACGAAGUAUUCUUCGACGCGGUCUUUCUAAGUGGGCACCACAUAGAUUGCUCGCACUCUUUUCUACCCCUCGAAUGGCCCUCUCGACGUCCCUGAUGCUCUUUCUUUGGUGUUCCAUCGGUAUGGCAUACCCCCUCUACAACUCAUUCAUUCCUAUCUACCUGGAAGCCAAAGGCGUCAAUUCCGGGAGCGGUUCUCUGAAUGUGACGUAUCGCAACUACGCCAUCCAAGCCGUUUGUGGUAUACCUGCAUCUAUCAUCGGUGGCUUCACCGUCGAGAUGAAGCGGAUUGGACGCAAGGGCACUGGAGCCAUCGCGUGCUUGUGUACGGGUGUUUUCCUUUUCUUGUUUACUCGCGCGGAAACCCCUGCCAGUGUUCUGGGAUUCACUUGCGUCAUUGCAUUUUUCCAGAACCUCGUAUAUGGAUUGCUUUACUCUUACACGCCCGAGCUUUUCCCGGCGCCUAUCCGCGGCACGGGAAAUGGACUUGUGGCGCUGGCCAAUCGCUUUGCGGGUCUGCUGGCUCCCAUCAUUGUGGUCUAUGUCGGCGUGGACACGAGCAUGCCGGUGUGGAUUUCUGCUGCGCUUUUUAUUGUGGCCGGGUUUGUCUUUUUGGCCUUGCCGUACGAGAUGAGAGGUCGUGCUGCUGCGUAG